AUGUUGCCUUUACAUUCAUCGUCGAAAGGGAAGAUGCACCGCCAUGCCUUUUCCAACGGGGCGUAUCCCUCGCAAGGAGGGGGUACCUUCUCCAUCCAACCUCACAAAUUCCAGCCGCGAUCACAGCCUGCGCUCAGGCGGCGGAGAACACUGAUACAGCGCUUGCUGCUUGUCGGUUCGCUGUUCUUUACCGCCCUAUUCUUCUUCUUCCCUGACCUGCGACCAAACCUGGGUUCCGGACCCCUCAGCUUGAUCUCCUCGAACGACGAUGCGCAGCUUGAGACCGUGCGAUACUACGAUUUGAACAACGUGCAAGGAACGGCGAGGGGAUGGGAAAGGGAGGAGCGCAUUCUGUUGUGCGCUCCUUUGCGAGACGCGGCUCCGCAUCUGCCCAUGUUCUUUGGCCAUUUGCAGAACCUCACAUACCCCCACAACCUCAUCGAUUUGGCUUUCCUCGUUGGAGAUUCCAAGGAUAACACCAUCUCACUCUUGACGGAGAAGUUGGAGGAGCUACAGGCCAAUCCCGACCCCAAGCAGCAGUUUGGCGAGAUCUCGAUCAUGGAGAAGGAUUUUGGACAAAAGGUUAACCAAGAUGUUGAGAGUCGACACGGUUUCGCCGCACAGGCUGGCCGCCGAAAGUCAAUGGCACAAGCGCGAAACUGGCUGCUAAGCGCUGCUCUGCGGCCAACACACAGCUGGGUAUACUGGAGAGAUGUGGACGUGGAGACUGCUCCGUUCACUAUUCUGGAAGAUCUCAUGCGACACAACAAGGAUGUCAUCGUCCCAAAUGUCUGGCGACCACUUCCGGACUGGCUUGGCGGCGAACAGCCAUACGACCUGAACUCCUGGCAAGAAUCUGAGACUGCCCUCGCCCUCGCCGACACUCUCGACGAGGAUGCAGUCAUUGUAGAAGGUUACGCAGAGUACGCCACUUGGCGCCCGCAUUUGGCCUACCUCCGCGACCCCUACGGUGACCCAGACAUGGAGAUGGAAAUUGAUGGUGUUGGUGGUGUUAGCAUUCUUGCGAAAGCCAAGGUUUUCCGCUCUGGUGUCCACUUCCCUGCAUUCAGUUUUGAGAAGCACGCUGAGACAGAAGGAUUCGGCAAGAUGGCCAAGCGCAUGAAGUUUUCCGUGGUCGGUCUUCCCCACUACACUAUCUGGCAUCUUUACGAACCCAGUGUCGACGACAUCCGACACAUGGAGGAAAUGGAGAAGGAGCGCAAGGCCAAGGAGGCUGAGGAAGAAGCGAAGAAGGCCAAGGAGGCUAAGAUCAAGGACAAUUUUGAUGAAAAGAAGAGCGACUGGGAGAAAGAGAAGGCAGCCGUCCAAGACAUGGUUCAGCAAGCAAAGAACGAGGAAAAGGCGGCCGCUGAGAAGAAGAAGCAACAAGAAGCGGCAGCAAAAGAGGAGCCGCCCAAGGCAGACACCAAGGAGGAGAAGCCAGCUGAUAAGAAGGAGGGCGAUCAAUCAUAG